AUGUCGCUUAGAAAUUGGUUCCGUGGCGUCCCUGCUUCUACGCCGGCCGGAAGAGCAAGCUCUGGCCCCAGUCCGGUUGUCUCAGCGUCUACGUCUGCUGCCGCUAUAGCAGACAGCGAGCAAGAUGGCGAGAUCCCAGAUCUUGAAGAUGCCAUGGCGGCUACGGCACUAAUAUUGAACGGUGAUAUCAAUGGGGCAGAGGCUCGGCUUCGACGGCGUAAAGAUGGCUCUACUUUUCACCAACUCGGCCUGGGUAUCUCCACUUUUGUGGCCUCCGUCCUUGGAUUCGAAAAAGAUAUCAUGGCUGAAGCUACGGCACGCCUCAUCGAUUGUGAGGCUCGCGCAUGGGCCGAUAUGAAAAAAGCUCAGAAACAGGCAGCAAUGCAGUCAUCUACUCAACCACAACCGUCUGUUCAUGGAAAGCCAGCCACUCAGACGUAUCCUCCCGGCAGCGAGUUCGCUUUGGUGCACGCUGAGGCACAAUUGAUGCUGGCAAUUAUUGCUGUUCUGCACGAGAGCUUGACGGAAGCAAUAAAGGGAUUCUAUAAAUUGCGCAAAGUAUAUAUCUCGCUCAACGGUAUCAUGGAGUCCGAAAUUGCCUUUUUCAAUCACGAAAAUGGCAUCACAGGAAAGAUCGCAGAACGCUCAGCUCUAACAGAGGACAAAAUGCCAGGCACGUUUGACGACGCCGAGUUUACCUCUGUAGAGUCAAGCGAUAAUAGUGAUACUGGCCGUGUGGAUGGUACCCGCGACGAUUUCGUGGUUGGAGCAAACACACUAGACGCAAUGAGGCGGAUAGUAACGCCAAGAAAUUCGCCGAAGUCCCGUGUCACCUUCCCUCAUGCUGAAGAAGCAAAUAUCGGCUCUAAAAACGGUCACAAUGAUUUCACAGACUCAGUGGAUAUAUUCGUGCAUUCAGGCGCCAAUAUGUGUUUUGGCAUUCUGUUGCUGCUAAUUUUAAUGGUCCCGCCUGCGUUCUCAAGGCUUCUCUACGUCAUCGGGUUCAAAGGCGAUCGCGAUCGCGGUGUUCGUAUGCUUUGGCGAAGCACUAAGUUCGAUAAUGUCAACGGAGGGGUGGCUGGCCUGGUUCUGCUGGCAUACUACAACGGCUCCAUCGGAUACUGUGACAUUAUCCCCACGCAGGCAGAUGUCAAAGAACUGGCUGACCCGGAGGAGAUAGUCGGAUACCCCCGGAAGCGAUGCAAGAACCUCCUGGAACAAAUGAGAUCUCUUUACCCGGAUAGUAUGUUAUGGAGACUCGAAGAAGCAAGAGCCCUGGCAAUUGGACGAAACAUUGAGGAAGCCAUCGGCAUACUUUCUAUGGGCGAUGCAGGACGCAUGCGGCAAAUUACAGCCUUGACUAAAUUUGAGCUGGCGCUCAAUGCUAUGUGCGCUAUGGAUUGGCGCUUGAUGCGCGACGCAUUUCUGCACUGCGUAAAGCUCAAUGACUGGUCGCACGCUUUAUAUUACUACAACGCCGGUUGUGCAGAGUUGGAGUUGUACCGUGAUGCUUUUGACCAAGCCUCUUCGCUCCUGGACGAGGCCAAAAAGUCAGAGGCAAAAACCGCAGCUUCCAAGCACAAAAAGGCAGCCGAGGAUUUAUUUCGCCUGGCGCCAACCAUGGCUGGUAAAAAGAAGUUCAUGUCACGGCAGAUGCCGUUCGACGCGUUUGUUAUACGCAAAAUCACAAAAUGGGAGGAGCGUGCUAAAGCAUUAAAUAUCGACCUAGCAGAUUCGAUAGGAGCAAGUCCUGCCCAGGAAAUGAUUUACUUGUGGAAUGGUAGUAAAAGAAUGCGUGCCAGAUUUUUGGAGAAAGCUCUGACAUGCCUUCGAUGGAAGAGGUGUACGGCAGGUCUGGACGUAGUCAAGGUGUUCAGAGCCACAACAGACGAGUGGACCAUGGGAAAUUUGUGCCAGGUAUCGUUGAUGCGGUCGCUGGGACGAACUGAAGAUGCACGAGUGGUGCUGGAACGUGAUAUAUUAGUACACGACCGGUAA